AUGACUACAACUGAAGAUCUGGGAUCAGUUGAGAGACUACAUAAAAUCAGUUCAUUAGACAAAUGGCUUGUAUUCUGUCAAAUGAGUGAAGAAUUUGUUCAUAACAUCCAUUCAUUCAUUAUAUACGGAGAAACAGGAAAUGAAGUGAUUGUUGUGACCAAAGAUGAUGUGGUCUUUCAUAUGAAUGGCAAUAAUAUUACAGAAAUGACUGAAUUGUGUGAAUUAAGUGCAAAAGAUGUCAUCAAAAUCAGCGCCGGUUUUAAGUACUUGUGUGCACUCACUUCCGAGGGUGAAGUGUACACUUGGAGUAAUCAUCAAACAGAUCCAGUACAGGACGUUGCAUACGCUGAUGAUAAUUAUAUAAUAAUGUUGGGAGACAGCGAUUCAUCGCCUCAUCCCAUCAAACUAUCUCUCGAUUUGAAUAAUGAAAACAUUGUUGACAUUGAAUGCGGUUUACACCACACACUGGCGCUGACCGAUGCCGGCCGUGUGUACGCCUGGGGUUAUAAUGACAUAGGGCAAUUGGGGAAUGGCAAUACCAUUAAUCAAUAUAAGCCUAUUAAAGUGGUCGGAGGUCUGACCGGAUGUCGCGUGAUAUCCAUUGCCUGCGGUGGAAAUCAUUCACUGGCCGUUACGGACACCGGGAGUGUGUUUGGAUGGGGUUUAAAUGGAAAUGGUCAGUUGGGUUUGGGUCACACAAUUAAACAAUCAUUACCCGUUCGGAUUCAAUAUUUCAAUGACCUAAAAGUGACAAAGGUUGCCGCUGGAAAGUGCCAUACAAUGUUUCUAUCCAAUGAGGGUAAUGUCUAUACGUGCGGUUGUAAUGACAUAGUUUCACAUAUAGAUAGCACAAUAUCAGCGGCCGUUACCGCGAAUGGAGUGUUAUAUGUUUGGGGCGAAUGUCGGCAACCAUUUGGCGAUUUACUCACACCAACCGCAAUAAAUCUCUCCAAUGAUCACCCGGUGCUCAAUAGUAUGUCCGACGCCUUCGACAAUACCAUAUCAUCUAAUUUCCAGUUUGUGAUCGACGGACAGCCCAUUCAUGUCAUCAAAGAGUAUUUGAUUAUACGCUGCAAAAAAUAUUCUUAUGAGGCAUUCAAAGCAUUUUUGCGAUAUCUGUAUACCAACGAUGUGUUUGUGGCGCCGGAUAUUGCGGUCGAAUUAUUAGGUUUGGCCGACACUUACGCCGAGACAGACCUCAAGCGAAAGUGUAUUCAACUCUUACGUACAGGACACGACUACUUCUGGCCAAAGAGUCUUUCGAUGCUUUUGUAUCCAUUCGUUGCCUCUUUGUGUCACUCCUGA